AUGAACACCACUUGUUUCUCGUUCAACAACAGCUUCUUCAGACUAAUUUCUGGCCUGCCCAUGGGAUCACCUGUAGCCCCUCCAGCAGCAGAGACUGUAAUGCAGGAUUUGGAACAAUGUUGCUUACAGUUUCUGAGCGAAGCAGGCAUCCACAUACCGUUUUUCAAACGUUAUGUGGACGACAUCAUCACAGCGGUACCCAAAGACAAGGUCGAUCUAGUUUUGGAGGUUUUCAACAGCUACGAGACGAGUCUGCAAUUCACACACGAACUAGAAGAAGAGAACAAGAUCGCUUUCUUGGAUCUGCUUCUAGUCCACGAGGGUAACAACAUCAUAACAAACUGGUACCACAAGAAAACAUGGUCAGGGAGAUGCCUGAAUUUCUUCUCACAUCACCCCAUCAGUCAGAAGAAAGGCACGGUGACCAUAUUAGUAGAUAGAUGUAUGAAAUUGGCACAUCCUAGGUUCCACCAAGAGAAUUUACGUCUCAUUAAAGAAACUCUUAAGGAGAAUAGUUACCCUGAAGAUUUCAUUAAUAGACAAAUUCACUUGAGAAUGAGGAAGCUGAACUCACAGAUCAACAAUAGUCAUGUUGAUCUUACUGUUCCCCCUCGAAUUGAUUUCAAACGCACAUUUGUUUUCCCAUAUGUGGAAGGUUCGACACAGAACCUAAACAGGAUUGCCAAAAAAUACGAUCUAAUGAUCAUUUCCAAGAACGAAUACAAGGUCAACUUCCUGAAAUCUUUGAAAGAUCCAGUUUUCGUUGACUACAACUCAAAUAUCAUCUACUCGAUACCAUGUGGAGACUGUGAUGGUGUUUAUAUCGGACAGACCAAAAGAUAUAUUAGGACCAGGAUUGAUGAACACAAGAACGGCAUUGUCACCAGCAAGAAAAUCAAAACUGAUAAGAACAGGCACAAUAAAGAACCCAACCAUACGGCUCUCACGAAGCACCAGUUGGACACUGGACACAAUUUUUCUUUCUCAGAUACGAAGAUAUGUGGGAGAGAAAAAGCUCCGUAUGAACGGAACUUAUUAGAAAUGGUAAACAUCAUAAGAAAUCCACACUCCAUUAACUACAGGACAGAUGUAAACAAACUGAGCUCAGUUUAUUGGAAUUUAUUAUCAUGA